AUGUCAGAGGGGGUGGGCACGUUCCGCAUGGUCCCAGAAGAGGAGCAGGAGCUCAGGGCUCAACUGGAGCAGCUCACAACCAAGGACCAUGGGCCUGUCUUUGGCCCAUGCAGCCAGCUGCCCCGCCACACCUUGCAGAAGGCCAAGGACGAACUAAACGAGAAGGAGGAGACCCGGGACGAGGCCGUGCGAGAGCUGCGAGAACUGAUGCAGGCGCAGGCGGCCACUGGCGACGAGCUGGCUGUGGCGGUGGCCGACAGGAUGCGAGAACGCGACAGCGCCUUCCUCCUGCGCUUCAUCCGCGCGCGCAAAUUCAACGUGGGCCGCGCUUACGAGCUCCUCAAAGGUUACGUGAACUUCCGGCUGCAGUACCCCGAGCUCUUCGACAGCCUGUCCCCAGAGGCCGUUCGCUGUACCAUUGAGGCUGGCUACCCCGGUGUCCUCUCAAGCCGGGACAAGUAUGGCCGAGUGGUCAUGCUCUUCAAUAUUGAGAACUGGCACUGUGAGGAAAUCACCUUCGAUGAGAUCUUGCAGGCAUAUUGCUUCAUCCUGGAGAAGCUGCUGGAGAAUGAGGAAACCCAAAUUAAUGGUUUCUGCAUCAUCGAGAAUUUCAAGGGCUUCACCAUGCAGCAGGCUGCGGGGCUCCGGCCUGCGGACCUCAGGAAGAUGGUGGACAUGCUCCAGGAUUCCUUCCCGGCCCGGUUCAAAGCCAUCCACUUCAUCCAUCAACCAUGGUACUUCACCACCACCUACAACGUGGUCAAGCCCUUCCUGAAGAGCAAGCUGCUGGAGAGGGUCUUUGUCCAUGGAGAUGACCUGUCUGGCUUCUUCCAGGAGAUUGAUGAGAACAUCCUGCCGGCCGACUUUGGGGGCACCCAGCCCAAGUACGAUGGCAAGGCUGUUGCUGAGCAGCUCUUCGGCCCCCGGGCCCCAGCUGAGAACACGGCCCUCUGA